GCCCCUUGCUGCAGAUCUCUCCAGUAGGAUCCUAUGGGUUUACAGCUGGAGCCAUCGCUUUCCUGGUCAUCAACGCUUUCCUCAUGCUCAUCGCUGCGUAUGCUGCGUAUGGUAACCUGGUCCUCUUGUCUCUGACCGUGGUCAUGGAGGCGGUUCUGGUGUGUUUCCUCCUGUCCACUCUGCAACAGCUCCCCUACCAGCUGGAGAUUGCCAUGCUAGCUGUGUUCUCUGUCGUCUGUCUAUAUGGAACCCUGGCAUCACUGGUCAACGGUACCUUCCGCCAGAGUGUGAUGCCCAUGGGGCCUCCACUGGUUAAGGAUGUGAAUCAGCAGCAGAAGUCCUCCCCUGCCCUGCCUUACUGCUGGACGACGGGGGUCUGUGGAAUCCCCACCGAUACGGUCUACGCCCUGGCCGCUUCCUGCAAGAACCCUCAGGCCAUCGAGAACAUCUACAACAUUAAGGACCGUCCAGCAGAGAAGCCCAUCUGUAUCUGUAUCUCCAGUGUGGAGCAGCUGGUGGCAGCCAAGCCCCCAUUCAGCUCUCUACUCUGGGAAUUCAUGAGGAACGUCUACCCUGGAGGGAUCAGCUGCAUCGUCAGCAAGGGAGACUGGCUACUCAGACUGGGUGUGGGUCCGGCCUACGACCGCGUGGGGACCAAUGAUAGCAUCAUGAUCCGAGUCCCUGACCACACUGUCACAGGACACCUGUGUGACAUCACCGGACCACUUGCCAUCACCUCAGCCAAUCCCAGUGGAGAACCCGACAGCACGCACCACGACAUGGUCAUCAGUCGGCUUGGCCAUAAGAUCCAGGGGGUUCUGUGUGACGGGGAUUCCAACGAGAUCGUAGCCUCAACGGUGGUGAACUGCCUCAAGAUAGAUGAAGGCACGAUUAGCAUCGUGAGGGGAAGGCUGCACCUGGCGGUGAAGGUCCACAGAUCUUUGAGAGGGUGA